CGCAAAGAGAGAUAAGGAUGCAAUACCUUCUUGCAUGUGCUUCCUCUUACUCUGUUCAUCCUUAUACUCUCCUCCGCCACAGUUACCAUAUUCCCAGAAUACGAAAGUUGGGUUUGCUUAAGCCGCAGUGUGCUAAGAGAAAAGAGACUUCAACAAACCUCAAAAGUUCAUGGCCUUCAAUCUCACUCACACUUUUUGGCACAGGUUUCUUACUGGGUCCCCUUCUCGAUGGACUCCAUUCCAGGGUCAAUCUCGUCGUCUACGACUCAGGCUCCAUUAACAUAGGUCCACUCCACACAAACAUCUGGGUGCCUUUCUUGCUAGGGCUAUUUUAUUCCUCUGUUGGUUUGCUUCAACUCUACCUAGACCAAAAGCUCUUCAACAAGGUUCAAGAGGCAAGUUUAUCAAAAACAAUUGUCUCACUCGUAUUGCUGGCGCUGUUUAUUGAAGUGAGUGCUGAACUUUACAAAGGUGGAAUAGCGGAGAAUAUUGAGGCCUACAUAUUAUUUGCCGCAGCAGAGUUGAUGUGGUUUUUGUUGGAUAGGACAUGGCUAGGUUUCACCUUGGCAUGUAUUGUUGGCCUUGGUUGCCCACUGGCUGAGGUUCCAAUUAUGAAGUUCUUCCACCUUUGGUAUUACCCUAAACCCAACAUUGAAAUCUUUGGUCAGGGACUGGUUACAUGGACACUCACUUGCUACUUCGUGUAUACGCCAUUCUUAAUCAAUCUGUCACGCUGGUUGAGAACAGUUUAUGCUCCUCCAACAGAUGAGUCUGCCUAAAACAUUAUGUAUCCCUUCUGCGUAUUCCAUUAACCUUAUGCUUAACCACAUCAAUUAAUUCCUAUAUCGAUUAGAAAUUUCACCAAUUUAAAGUAUAUAAGAAGAUGUAAACUUUACUUUACUCAUGUUAUAAUUUAUCUUAACGGUGAUCAUAAUAUAUAACUACAUAGGUGAGGUUUGCACCUUGAACAUUAAACCGACUUCCACCAAUAGUUAAUUAUUAGUAGUUUGAAUGCAGAAUUAAAAGUUUUAACUUUAAAAUAUUUCAAAUGAGAAACUCUUAAAAGGCAUUGUGAGCUUGUGUGUAUGCCCACAUUGGCUUUUGUUCAUUGCAUCAUACUUUUAAAAACAUAGAUGAUACCGAUUUUAAAGCAUGGCCUAUCCAGGCACAUCAAAUAAAUUAGGCUGUGCUUGUUUUUGAAAGCUUCAUUUUUUUUAGUGGAGCAAUACAUAGAUACUAUUAUUGGGCUAUCACUUCAUCGGUAUUUUACCUUCUUGCAAAUGCAGUUAAUUCCUGCACUCCAAUAAUUUCUUUCACACCUUUUCUUUUUGAGAUUGAUAUAUAAAGAUGUUAAAAUUUGUUCAAGUAAGUUAGUCCGACUACUCACAUGUUUGAAUUGAAUAGGGUCAAAAGAAAUUUAACUUUUAUAAAUGUAGAUCAAACUGAAUCCGACACACAGGUUAAAUGGGUUGAGCCGAGAUGAAGGUUAAUUGAUUCAUAAUUCAUUAAUAACAAUAAUUUUUUAUUAGUUUUUUUUAUCAUUUUUAUUUUAUUUUUUUAUCGUGAUGUGCCUAUGGUUUAAAUAUGGAUCCCACUCUCAGUUCAAUGAUGUUGAAGCAAGAUAAAACAAAAAAACUUUUGAAUUGGCCUAUCAUAAG